AUGGAGGCUGACGGGAAUAACAAUGGUGGCGCUCACAACAAUUUAUGGAAUCUUACACCGGUGGCGGCACACCAAUCCGGCAAAGGCUUGCCUUAUGCGCCGGAGAAUUGGCCUAAUUCCGGCGAUGUUUGGGGGUGGAGAACAGGUAAGAGAGUUGCUGCGAUUGGCCAUUUUCUAGACCGGUACCUGUAUCCUCCAACUCGUCUUUGUGACGCCGCCAAACUGAGUCCCAAGCAGCGUGGCAUCGCUAGCAAGCUUUCGCUUGAACGCUACAUCAAAGAAUUCUUCCCUCACGUUCACCUCAAUGAUUUCUUCUCAUUAUUCAGUUGGAAGAUCCCUUCUCUGCACCAUGGCAAUGCAAAGACUAUUGCUUCUGUACCUCUUCCACAGUUUGCAUUAGCAAAACAGUCAGAAUCUGAUUUCCCAUCUUACAUUGUUGGAUGUAAAGCUAGGAAUCCAAUGUGCAGCGGUCUAAUUUUGGAGGAACAAGAAGAAGAAAAAUAUUCACCAGCCAUGCCUUGUGAUAUCUGUUGUACUGAACCUGGUUUUUGUCGUGAUUGUUGCUGCAUUCUUUGUAGCAAAAUCGUUAAUUCAGCUUAUGGUGGCUAUAAUUACAUCAAGUGUCAAGUAAAGAUUGGCGACAAUAUAUGUGGGCAUGUUACUCAUAUAGAAUGCGCUCUUCGAUGUCGCAUGGCUGGCACAGUUGGAGGAAGUAUUGGAUUGGAUGCUGAGUACUAUUGCCGACGCUGUGAUGGGAGGACUGAUCUGAUUUCUCAUGUUGAUAAACUUCUGCAAACAUGUGAAGCCAUUGAUAUGGAGAGUGAUCUUGAGGAAAAGAUUUUAAAUCUUUGUUUUUCUCUACUGUGUGGUUCACAGAAAGCCAUUGCAAAGGAGCUUCUGAGUCAUAUUGAAUUGGCCAUCUCAAAGGUUAAAUGUGAGACUAAUGCUGAAGAUAUCUCGAAUGUGGAUGACAAUCUUAUAGCUCAUUUUGCAGGCUUCUCAGAUAAUGACAGUGAUGCGAUGGAUGUAACAGACAAUGAAAGCCCUUCAGAUGUUGGAAUAGGGGCAGAAUCUUCUGGUUUUAUGUCUGAUUCAUUAAAACUUGAGGCUGAGAUUGAUGAGGUACUCCAGGCUCUUAGAAAGUCACAGGAGUUUGAAUAUAACAUGGCAGCAGAAAGACUCAAUGCACAUAAGAAUUAUUUACAAAAUUUGUACCAACAACUGGACAGAGAGAAGUCUGAAGAAGCACGUCUACACCGCUCAUCUCGAUCUCGUUCAGCCUUGGUUCACGCUGUUGCAGAAAGAAAGGAACAAAUAAGGCUGGAAGUCAUAAAAUUUGAAGAUAUGAAGAAGGUAGCCAAUGGUUUUGGCAGCACAUCCAAAGAUAUCUUAAAGGAACGUUUUGGCCUAUAA